AUGCAUUCCACAUUCUACGCAUGGUCCCAGGAACACAUAAAACGCGUCUUCGAGGCGAAGAGCGCGCGCGAUUGUCUUCGAGCCCUCGACGACACAUUCUCGCAAACGAUCGACCUGUCACUAAAUGGGCAGUCACUACCCAGAACGCACCUCCAGACAGCUAUUAUGGCCAUGGUCGAAAGCUCUGGCUUCCGCUUGUCUGUGGAGUGGUUCAGUGGGUCAGAGUGCGCUCGAGAUAUGUCAAAUAGAAACGGGACCCUUGAAGGGUACUAUGUCAUCCGCAACAUCCGAAAGCAGCUCCCUGGGAGCCCGGCACCUAUGCUGUUCGAACGACACAAGAGGGUCAGCGUUGUCAUUGAGUCGGAAUCGCAGAACCCCACCAUCGACAGCCGCCGGAUCGUCAAAUUGGCCAUCGUAGCUACAGACGAGCCCAUGAGGUCAUCGAGAUGA